AUGACAGUAGUCUCAAAUGAUCCCACUUUGUGGCCGACUAUCAGUGCAACUCGUUUUUCCAGCUAUUUUGCAGUUGCCGCCUUUGUUGGAGUGGCGUAUGAUUGGGUACUUACAUUCGGACAAGAGGUUGAGUUGAUCUGGAGGCAAUGCUGGUCCCUGAUGACAGUUCUGUAUAUCAGUGCGCGCUACCUUGGAAUGUUAUAUGCUGCCCUGGUCGUACUGAGCACUGUUCCGACCGUCUCGCUGACAGAUACAUGCCCUGUAGCAGUGGAUGUGAGCUAUAUCAUGUACCUCGUACAAAAUUGGACGACUACUUUGGUAGUAGCGAUGCUGUGGGUCAUCAUCAUCACCCGGUUGCAUGCCAUGUAUCAAAGAUCCAGACGAAUUCUGAUAUCCCUCACUGUCACCUUCCUGGCUGUCGAAAUUUUCGAGGUAGUGGUAGCCGUAAUGACAACGAUCCAUACUUCAGGAGAGGAAUACAUUCUCUCCAGCGCUUAUAUAUGCCACAUCAACGAUGUGGAAAAUAUCCUAAUGCUUCUGUAUUCCAUUACUUGGAUAUUCAGAACUGUGUGGGAGGUCCUCGCACUAUCUCUCGCAGUUUGGAUUGCUGUAAAACACUUCCGUGAACUGCGACGUUAUUCAGCAGGAGGGAUUAUCGGGGACUGUUUCGAGGUGUUGAUGAAAACUCACUUGGCUUACUUUGCGAGCGUUAUUGCUAUCUCUUGUUUCGACAUCAUUAUUUAUCUCUCUCCAACAUUCGCAAAGGACCCAACUUCCCUAGAAGCUCAGGUUCUUUAUGGCAUGGUUCAGCUUUUGACAGUAGUGCAGAUGUUUGUGCUGGGACCACGCAUGAUCCUUGGCGUUCGAGAGCACCACGCUAAGCUCGUAGCCGACUCCGAUGCAGCGACUGGUAUGACCUCAAUCGCUUUUCAGGAGCACGUACAUGUAUCCACUAGCAGUAGUGUAUGA